CACACAACUAUAUUGAGGUUGGUUAAAACCGAGCACCAUGUCUGAAAAAUAUCUUCUUAUGGGGGGUGGUGGGAGAGAAAAUACAGUGGUUCUUUACUAUCAGAACUGGCUAGGAGGAGGACAUACUUGCCAAUCUCACCUGAGGUACAGCAAUCCAAGGUACUGGAGAUAUAAAAAAAAUUGAAAGCCCUAAAUGAAUAGGGUUGCCUUUGCUGGACAUGUAAACCUGUAUGUUGCAUGAUUACUAUUACAACACGGCUAUGAAAUAUUCUGCAUUUUUCUCUGUUGUAUACUUAUGCCUCUGAAUUCACCUUUAAGAUUUUGUGGUGGUUCUGUAUAUAGAAAAAUGUUAUUAAACCUGGAUCUAUGAAUGACUAAAUAACCUUUCAAAUUGUCAUUUGUGUACUUACCAUAAUGGACAUGAAAGAAGACGGUUACAAAAUGGACCGAUACAAUGAAAUAAAAAUUUUGCUGAAAAAGUGGGAGACCUCAUUCUUUGAGGAGCACAAGAGGAAACCAAAUAAGGUGGACAUUGGCUGUGCUUCAGAGGAAACCCAGAAAUUAUACAGAGAGUACCGAGCCAUCAAACAAGCUAAAGAGGAACCGAGUGGAGAGAAUGAUCAAAGUGCAACUUCAGAUAUCACGAGCAGAGACUCAGCCGAUUCCACACAACACCACGACAAGGCUCCUGGAUCUGAUAUUUGGGGAUCACAUCUAAAUCGUGGGAACAGGACUGCUGAGAAGCUCUCAUCAAAGCAGCACAAUUCCAUCACGGUAUCAGCCCAGUAUUACGGAAUGAAAUUGAAGACUAAGAUUGGAGCGUCGGGAAAGGAACGACCAAUUUCUCUCCGCAAAACAAUGACUCCUAGAAAGCCACAGAUGUCCAGGGAGAGGCAGGACAAUGAAAUUGGCCAAGUUUCUGGAACAAGUCUAGUCACCUCAAACCCCUCAGACAGUCUAGAGAUUGCAACCAAGGACUCAAACAAUGAACCUGACCAACUGGAUUUUCCAUAUCCAAUGCAGAAGAGGGCGACUCCAUCGAAUGCAUCUCAUGCACGGAUUCCUGGAUCAGCUAGUAAACUUGAACAGUUGCGACAGAAUGUAGUUAGAAGAAUGUCCUCUAUCGAUCCUGGCUGGUUGGUUAGGUGUCAGGGCAAUGUGCAGCCUGAAGCAGAGGUGAUCAUUUCAGGCAUCUCUUUUCAACCAGCUCCGGGAAAGAAAAACAACAAAUUUGAUAAUUCAGAUCAUAAUAAACCUUUGCCCUUGUGUGACUCUGCAUCUGGACCGGAUGGGAUUCUGGUGUCCUCAAGUGACAUUGUUUCUGCAAACCAUGGACGCUUUUGCCCAUUGAGUAACUCUUCUACUUUAGCCAAUGGCAAACUGUCAUCGAAGGGGGACAUCUCUUCAGAAACUAAUUCUGAUGAAAUAAAUUGCAAUGAACAAUUUUCUAUUGACAGUAAUCUGUCUGAAACUAGUUCACCAAAGCCUCGCCUUUCUCGGGUAAAAUGUGAUCCAGAAAAAAGUUUUCCUUUCAGAGAAAAUGAAACAAAUUGCAAAUUGAAUUUGGUUGGUAUGGAUUCUGGAACUGAGCAAAGGAAGCAUUCAUGUUGUGAAGUUUCCUCAGAAGACGCUUGUGAUGAAGUAAAAGUAGAUUUCAAUACCACGUUGAGCGAAUUGAAGAAUGACUACGAAGAUUCCAUUGAAAUAGUGAAUUCCAAGAAAGGACCACUGAAGACAAAAAUGAGUAAUGGUAAUAAUAGCAGAAAGAGACCGAGAGAAAUACGGGUAGGUAUUGGAGAAGGCAAGGCGGCUUCCCCAGAACAUGAAGGAAAGGCUAAAAAGCGCAGGAAGAGUAUCAGAUCUUCAGAGGCUUCUUCAACUCAGAAGCAGAAAAGGAAAUCCACGGCUGCUUCAAAAUCUGUGAACGAUGUAAGUGAUUCUUCAAUCAAUGAAGAACUGGACAAAUCCAAUUCUGAGAUGCUGAGGGAAAAUCUGUUUGGGGAAUUGGAAGAGGAGAAACUGAAUUCAGCGCCUAGAAAGAGUAUAAGGAUUGCUCCCCCUAAAAAGGAUGGAAAUUUUGUAAGGAUCAACCUGAAGAAGAAAUCUCACGUCAGAGGAAAUGUGUUGAAAGGAGCACAACUCCGCAAACAGGUGUGGAAACAGAAGUUGCAGAUGAAGGGAGAGCGUUUUGGUGGUGGACGAUUUAACAGGAGCGGAGACACAUGUUUCCGUUGUGGUGGAACAGGCCACUGGGCCAAGGACUGCAGAGGUCAAGGAUUCAAAGCAACGGGUGAUGAGAAUGCAAAAGGUUCAGCCCCUGAGGAGGAGGAUAUUGCUCCUUUACCUACCUUGGAAGAGGUGGCACGUUUAACAUCCAUGAGCUGCACCACAUGGGGUGGCGUGGCUUCAGAUGCUGCAGACGAGAGCUCUCAUCAGCUUGAACAUAUCAAAGAUGCUGAGGUUCUGAUGAACAACAUGCGUCCUGUGUACGAGCCUCCAGUUCCCCCAUCCCCCAUGGAGCCUCUGUACAGCCUCAGGGAAGACGGAAAUAUCCGAGAUACACCACCAGAAGUGCAUGAAGCCCUAUUGGAGCUCGGCUACACAUCAUUCAGAUCUGGACAGGAAUUGGCAGUCAUGAGAAUUUUAUCAGGUCUAUCUAGCUUGGUUGUUCUCUCCACUGGAAUGGGGAAAUCCUUGUGCUAUCAGUUACCUGCAUAUUUGUAUGCCAAAAGGUCGAAGUGCAUCACCUUGGUAGUGUCUCCCCUUGUGUCGCUGAUGGAUGAUCAGGUGUCUGGGCUCCCUUCCAAUCUGAAAGCAAUUUGUGUACACUCCAAUAUGUCAAAGUCACAGAGAGAAGCUGCCAUUGCUAAGGUGAAAGCAGGAGAGGUACAUGUGCUCCUGUUGUCUCCAGAAGCGCUUGUUGGUGGUGGCCGCGGUGGACCUAGCACUCUCCCCCCAGCCCAUGAACUGCCACCGGUGGCCUUCGCUUGCAUCGAUGAAGCACACUGUGUCUCUGAGUGGUCUCACAAUUUCAGACCAUGUUACCUUCGACUGUGCAAGGUCCUGAAGGAACGUUUGGGAGUGAAGUGUCUGUUGGGAUUGACAGCCACCGCCACAUUGGCAACGGCUCGUGACGUUGCACAACACUUCGGCAUUAAGGAGGAAAAGGGAAUAGCUGUGCGAUCGGCAGAUGUCCCAGAAAAUCUAUUCCUCAGUGUGUCUACAGACCAAGACCGGGACCAGGCCUUGGUUACUUUGCUGCGAGGCGAUCGCUUUGGUGCCCUAGAUUCCAUUAUUGUCUACUGCACGAGGCGAGAGGAGACCACCCGCAUUGCCGCACUGCUUCGGACGUGCCUACAGGGGGUGUCUGUGAAGGAACAACCAGUGGAACUGAACAAGAAGGAGGAUACACCUGAAGAAAUCCACAGUAAACGGAAGAAGGCCUUGACUAAAAAGAAGAUUCGUCAGCCGUUGAAGUGGAUGGCAGAUUCCUACCACGCAGGAAUGUCAGCUGCUGAGCGAAGGAGAGUCCAAAACCACUUCAUGAGCGGUCAGCUUCGUAUUGUUGUGGCGACGGUGGCGUUCGGCAUGGGACUGGAUAAGUCUGAUGUCCGAGGGAUCAUCCACUACAACAUGCCGAAAGGUUUUGAGAACUAUGUGCAAGAGAUUGGUAGGGCGGGAAGGGAUGGAAAGCCAGCUCAUUGCCACCUCUUCUUAAACCGAGAGGGUGGAGACAUGAAUGAGCUGCGACGACAUAUAUAUGCUGACACAGUCGAUUAUUUCACUGUCAAGAAACUGGUGCAAAAUGCAUUCCCUCCCUGCAAAUGCCGUGAAAUUCAUCAGAAACAGCAGGACCUUAUCAGUAGCGGGCAUGUGGGAGAUGAUGAGAUGAUGCACAUUCCUGACCCAUCAGAGGAGCAGUUGCCUGAGAAGCCUGAGCCCGUUGAGGAAUUCAAUGCACUUUCUCCAAGAGUUUGCCAAACCCACGCCAGGGCCAUGCCAAUCCAGAGCACCAUAGAAACACUAGACAUCCGAGAGGAGGGGAUCGAGACCUUGCUGUGUUACUUGGAGCUCCACACCCAACAUUGGGUGGAGUUGAUGCAUCCAACCCUGUCAACGUGCCGCCUGGUGUGUUACAGCGGACCCCCUCAGCUAAGACUCAUAGCAAGGAGGUGUCCCCCUGUGGCAGUGGCCAUGGCCAAAGAGCGUUUGUCUGGAGUGGAUCACACCCAUUGCAGUUCACUGGAGUUUGACGUGGUGUCACUGGCGGACUCCAUGGGAUGGGAACUGAUCCCGGUCAGACGGGAACUCAGGCAGCUCCAGUGGAACACAACGCAAUUCAAACCAGGUUUUCAGGGCACAGGGAAGAGUGGAGUCCUGGUGGAGUUCGAUAACCUAUCCUUUCACUUCCGAUCUUACGGAGACCUUAGCUUCCAGGAACUGGAUUCAGUGUGUGAAUAUCUGCACCAGCACAUCCUGGCACGUGAGAAGACAGCACUACGCCGCCUCCAGGCUUGCUUUAAAGCAUUUCAGAGUGUGGCUUUUAGGAAUUGCAGCUCAUGCAUGGAUCACAUUAACGUGGAGCGGAGCACACGUUUGAAGCAGCAGCUAAAGGAAUAUUUUGACCAGUGGGGUGACUCGGACAACAGCAAAAAAGACCUGGAGCAGGAAGGGGUGGAGGAGGAGGAGCUUGACAAACUAAAGUUGAAGGAAUGGGAGAACACGAUCCGAGCAGACAUCCGACAGUUCCUGUCCAUUCGUCAUGAUGAGAGAUUCUCGGGCAGAGCUAUCGCAAGAAUAUUUCAUGGGAUUGAAAGCCCAUGUUACCCAGCUCAGGUUUUUGGCAGAGAUCGCAGGUUCUGGCGAAAAUACCUCAACUUUGACUUCAAUGAAAUAAUACGACUAGCAACAGAGGAGAUUAUCAGAGUGAAGUAAAUCAUAGACUUGAGUUGUGUUUACCACAGCAGGUUUAUCAGGAGCAUUUGUCCAUUGCCUGAUAAUUCCUUCAC